GAUGUUUGUAAACCGGAAAUUCAAUCAAAAAACACUUCCGGUUUUCGAUUUAGCAGCGAAUGGGUUGGUCUUUUAUUUUUUUUCCAGGAACACUCUCCUAUCUUCUUCAACCUCUCGACUAGUAAAGCCGCGAAAAUCAAAAUCUCCCAAAAGCAUGGCUCUGAUUUUGCCGUGUACAUUUUGUACUUCUCUUCAGCAGAAGAAUUUUCCGAUUAAUCGGAGAUAUUUUCCGAAUCUCCGUCGAGGAGCUACGACUACGACGUGUGAGUUCCGAAUUCCUGUAGAAGUUUCCACUCCAUCAGAUAGAGGAUCGUUGGUUGUUCCUUCCCAUAAGGUCACUGUUCACGAUCGACAACGAGGAGUUGUUCACGAAUUCGAGGUUCCAGAGGAUCAGUAUAUAUUGCACUCAGCUGAAUCUCAGAACAUUACUCUUCCGUUUGCUUGCAGGCAUGGUUGCUGUACUAGUUGUGCCGUACGUGUAAAAUCUGGAGAGCUUAGGCAGCCACAAGCAUUGGGAAUAUCAGCAGAACUGAAGUCCCAGGGAUAUGCACUUCUUUGUGUGGGUUUCCCUACAUCCGACCUUGAAGUAGAAACACAAGACGAGGACGAGGUCUACUGGUUACAAUUCGGAAGAUACUUCGCCCGUGGACCAAUUGAAAGAGACGAUUACGCCCUUGAACUCGCCAUGGGAGACGAGUAGAAGCAAAAAGAAGCAUGUAAAGUCGCAAACUUUCUGUAUUAGAAGAGACUAGUGAGUUCAACUUUCUUAGUCCUGAAUCUCAUGGUGCAUCCUCGUAAAUCUCUUAGUGAACUCAACGAUAUUCCGAUAAAACUUCCCUACAAUUCAACAUUUUAUGAAAAACUUCUGAACCUUAUAACUCCAAAUCCCAACAUGGUUUUGUUUGCGUAUCUCAAGCCUCUGGUUAACUGUAACCCUUGGUCCUAAGUAAUAGUGUCAAUAAUUCAAUUUUGGACAUGGAACACAUAAUUACAUAUUUGUGGUCCAUGUGAGAAGGAAAGGUAAUGCUUUUGUGACCGUAAGAGAUGAUGAUAACAAUGUGGGCAUAUGAAAUGCUUUUGGUAUAUAAUUCUUUGUUCCUU